AUGAAAGAUUACAGUCGCCCCGUUGAAGACCACGGGCUGAUACCCACAAAGGCCACUUUGAUCAUUGUUCCCAAGGACGUGUUCACGCAGUGGGUUUCGGAAUGCAAUAGAUUGCUUGGUAGUAGGUACAAUGUCUUGGCGAUAUCGACAAACAUCAACAACGUCACGAUCAAGGCUGUCCAAGAUGCCGAUAUCGUGAUUUUGUCAUGGAGUGUCCUGGGCGGCGAUGGUUAUUAUACCCGACUGCAAAGAUUUACCGGUACACCGCAGGCUCCCGGAAAACGGAACGGAGCAACAGCUCGAAGCUUCGAAGGCUGGUUCAAUGACGCUCGUGCUUCCCUGCGGGAGUCUGUCGCCACAUUGAGAACGUCCGGCCCUGGGGCAAUGCUUCAACAAUUGGAGGCCCGCCGUCGCCGACUGCAAGAGACACAGGCCGAGUCCACUUACGUACCUUCCCGACGCCCAGCUAAUCAUAAAUCGGGAGCAACUGAAAAUUCGGAUACAGGGCCUGGUCCAGGAUUUGACGAUUGCGACGACUCUGACGAUCCAGAUGAUUCCGAUCCAAACCCGGGACCAAGUGCUUCAGGUCAGACAAAAAGGCGAGGGUGUGCGAAGGAAGGUCCAGCUGAGAAACGGCGAAAGACCACCUCAUCCAGUCUGGAAGAGAAAAGCCGUACCAAGCGGACGGCCGUUAGGGAUGACCGCACAUACUUCAAUAUCCUGAAAAGCCGCAAUCAAGACUGGCGGACUGUCAAGGCCGCAUUUUUGCACGCCUUCAGGUUUAAUCGUCUGGUCAUUGACGAGUUCGCAUAUGCGAGGGAAGGGAAAGAAGACGCCCUGCUCUCAUUAGAAGCCCGUUCAAAAUGGGUGCUUUCUGGGACGCCUGCUCUUGAUGAAUUUGCUGACAUCAAGAGUAUUGCGCUUUACCUCGGUCUCAACCUUGGUAUUGACGACGAUGGCGAUUGUGGGAUUGGAGCGAAGAACCCCAGGCUGAAAGAAAUGCGGGAGAAGUACACCACAGCCGAAGCGUUCCGGUCUUACCAGGCCCUUCACAGCCACGCAUGGCAUGAGAAUCGCAGGGAUCUUGCCCAAAAAUUCCUGGAGCGCUACGCACGCCAGAACACCGCAGAGACCAAGGGCAUUGAGUGCCAUCAGACACUUGUCAUGAUUGAUCCGUCCGAAACCGAGCGGCGAAACUACAACCUGCUAUUCGCCGCAUUGGAGAACGGGACAAAGAGUGUCUCCGGGCCGGUCAACAGUAUCUUGUCAAUGAAACUGCCUCCCACGGAGUCUCUCCUCAUGUGUACUGUGGCAUUUUGGCAUUGGGGACCGGAAGGACCAACAGGGAGCCUUACAGCGACAGCUUCAAAGAAAACCACACUCAGAGGCAAAGCCACAGAAACCACCCCGGAAGACGUUUCGCCGGCAGGUUGCCGAGACUCUCUGAUUGCCAGGGUGAAAGACGAAAUUGAGGUGGGCCUCGGCGAAGACUUCAUCAGACGUUUGAGGUCGAGUUUUGAUUCGUACGACGACAGGAAUAUUGUUGAAGAAACCAAAGCAAAGGUCGACGGACGGUUUCAGAAAGCCUUGAGCUCGGUCAGGGCAAGACGUGUCAGACCUACAAACAGUGCAGGAAUCGAUGAUGCACCCGCCGCUGCAGUGUCAAAGGUUCGUCAGAGUCUAGGAACUGAAAUUCUUGCUCAGUUGAAGCAAGCGGCCAAAUUGUUGGGUCAACGUCGGUACAAUGAACAUUUGCUUGGGGUAUCCAGGGGUCAAACCCCUCAAUGUGAAUAUGCGCCGUGCUCAACGCGGGCAUGGAACGCCAACCUCCACUUUUUGGAAGUGUGUGGCCACGCGAUCUGUUGGAAUUGCCUUCAGACUGCGAAGAGUAAGACGACCGAGCGCUGCCCCGUUGAGGGCUGCAAGGUGAAGCUUGCAGCUACAAAGGUUAUCAGCUGUCGCAAUCUGAUGAAAGAGGGUAUGAUCACUAGCUCCAAGCUCGACAGGCUCGUCCAUAUUAUCGAGCAAGUCCCAGAGGAUGAGCUUGUCAUUGUUUUCAUUCAAGCACCCAUCCUGGUGUCCGUCACGUCCGAUGUCCUUCGGACUGCUGGGAUUGAGCAUCGCAAGGUCACCAAGACCGCCGGCCUGAAAGGGGUCACUGACUUCACCGAGGGGCCCAAGCCAAAGAGGGGAUCAUCUGAAGUCCCUCCGCGCCCCAAGGCUUUGCUUGUCGAACUUGGCAGCCCAAUGGCUGCUGAGCUGAACCUCCACUGCGCAAACCACGUCGUCUUCUUGUCGCCCUUCAUUGCCUCUAUCCGGAACGAAUACGAUUCCGGGAUGACCCAGGCGAUUGGUCGUGCGCGCCGGGUUUAUCAGACUAAACCCGUCUACGUGUACCAUCUGCUGGUCAAAUACACGUACGACGUAAACGUCUACCAGAGCGCCCACGGAGGCAGGCUCGUUGCGCGUGACGGGGUGCUAAAAGUGGUCCCGGAGAGCGAGGUCCAACCGGGAGAGAUGAGGUACGAAGGCAAGGAGAUGCCUGGCCGUUAA